AUGUCUUCGUUUGUUCCUUCUCAACACAGUCGUCUCAUACCUGCGCGGUCCUACUCUUCGGAAGCAUGGGAGCAGAAACGGAUGAUUAUAUCCCAACUUUAUCGCGAUGAAGCCAGAAGUCUCAAUAAUGUUCUAGUCGUUCUUGCACAGGAGCACGAUUUUCGACCCACCCCAGCUAUGCUCAAGAAACGCAUUACCAAAUGGUCCUUAGACCGGAAGCGCAAGCAAUUAGAUAUGCUGGUUGCCCUACGACUUGCCUCUCAGCGGGAAGCUCUGGGCAAGGAGACAAUUUUCUAG